GUUCCUGUCGGUCCGGCUCCGGGUUUUCUUUCCCUCCGCUUUAGAUCAAUGGCUCCAGGCUCGCUCGCCCCUCUCUCUCUCCAGCUGGAUGUGUCUGAAGGAAAGAGAGAGGGUCUUCCUCCCUCCUCCUCUUCCUCUCCUGGCGACCCGUUCCGUCGGUCCUGGCCGGCAGACGGAGCAGACCUCCGGGAAGGCAGCGCGGACCGGAUCGCGGCGCUGAUCUGGAAUGAUGGAGACUCUGCCCUCUUAGUUUCUGGAACUUCCUCUCCCUCUGAAAUUACGCAGGAAACCUGAUUCCUCUGCUGGAAUUUUAUCCUUUAUUUCUUUUCUCUUUUUUUUUGGGAGGAGAUCAGAGGGUUUUUGGGGUUUUUUGCCUCCUGUUCCUCCUCAAGCCUCUUUUUCUUCAUGGUUUCCACCUGACAGCUGGAUUCUGCAGGAUUUUUUGGGGAAAGUGAGUGGGAUUGUGGGGCGAAUCGUGUGGAUUCUGCAGGAUUUGGGAGCGUUUCUCCUGAACUCAGAGGGACUGGAGCUGGGCAGCAUGGAGCUGGGCGCGCUGGGAUGUACUGGGGAUGUUUGGAGGCUGCUGGUUCCCGGGAUGAGGAUGAGGAGGGUCUACCUGCUGCUGCUCUGCUGGCUGCUGGGAGCACACAGCUCAGCCCAGGCCUCUGACGCUCCAUCGUCUUCCUCGUCGCCCAGCCCUGGCUUUGUGGACUUGGCCUUCACCGUGGAGCCCCAGGACACGGUAACGGUGCGGGGCGGGGUGCUGCGGCUGGACUGCCAGGCCCAGACGGGCUCGGCGGCGGCAGGCUCCGCCUCCAUCACGUGGCGUAAAGAUGGCGUCCUGCUGAGCGCGGUGGUGGACGAGCGGCGCCGGCAGCUGGAGAACGGCACGCUGACGGUGCAGAACGUGGUGCACUCCCGGCACCACCGGCCCGACGAAGGGGAGUACCAAUGCCUCGCCACGCUGGACGGACUGGGAAGCAUCGUCAGCCGGACGGCGAAGGUCACAGUGGCCGGUCCGUUGAGGGUGAUCGUCCCCACCGAGUCGGUCUCAUCGUUCCUGGGUGACACCGCCCUGCUGCGCUGCGAGGUCUCCGGCGACCCGAGACCCGUCAUCCGCUGGCAGAAGAACCGGGAGGACCUGCCGCUCAGCUUCCAGCCCGAGUCCCGGCUGGCGGUUCUGCCGUCCGGGUCGCUGCAGGUGAGCCGGGUCCAGCCGCCGGAUUCGGCGACGUACCGCUGCCUGGCCGACAACCCGGGCAGCACCAGAACCGGGACGGACGCCGAACUCCGAGUUCUCCCAGAGCCUGGGCUCAGCAGGAACCUUCAGUUCCUCCAGCGUCCGUCCAGAGUAACGGCCCUCCUGGGAACGGACGCCGUGCUGGAAUGUUCCGCCUCCGGAUACCCGACUCCCAGCAUCCAGUGGAGGAGAGGAGAGGAAGUCAUCCAGAGCUGGAACAAGAAGUUCUCCCUGCUAGCAGGCAGUAACCUGAUCAUCAGAACCGUCACCGACGACGACUCCGGCGCCUACAGCUGCACGGCCUCCAACAAGAACCAGAACAUCACGGCACAGGCAGAACUCAGCGUCCAAGUUCCUCCUCAGUUCCUGAACUACCCGACCAACAGCUACGCCUACGAGGCGACCGACAUCGAGCUGGAGUGCGCCGUGACGGGGAACCCGCUGCCCGCCGUCCGCUGGAUGAAGAACGGAGAGGAGGUCAUUCCCAGCGACUACUUCCAGAUCGUAGACGGAACCAACCUGCAGAUUCUGGGCUUGGUGAAAUCAGACGAAGGAUUUUAUCAGUGUGUUGCUGAAAACUCAGCAGGCAGCGCUCAGGCCAUGGCCCAGCUGCUGCUCAGAGAGCCAGAGGCCACACCCACUCAGUUCGGCCCCGCCCUCACACCUCCUCUUCCUCCUUCUGGCUCCCCUUUGACUUACUCCUCCUCCUCUGAUCCCCCACCAGUGUCCCCCAGCCCAGGCGUUGCCCUCCCCUCUGCCCCCCGCGACCUGGUCCCUGUCCUAGUGUCCAGCCGGUUCGUCCGGCUCAGCUGGCGCCCCCCGGAGGACGCCGGAGGAGGCGUGCAGACGUACGGCGUCUACUACUCCCAGGCUGGAGUUGAGAGGGAGCGGUCAGUGAACGUGUCGGAGCCGGAGUCCCUGGAGCUGACCGUGUCCAACCUGAAGCCCGAGGAGAGCUACAGCUUCAGGGUGGUGGCGUACAGCGAGGCGGGGCCCGGCCGCAGCUCCGCCCCCCUGCAGAUCGCCACCAAGCCCGACCUCCAGGUUCCCAGCAGGGUGGAGUCUCUGCGGGCCCUGGCUCUGUCCCCCACCUCCAUCCAGGUGAGCUGGGAGCCGCCCAGCCUCCCUAACGGACCCGUCCUGGGCUACCGGCUGCUGUGGACCGAGAGCCCGUCCGGGAAGGAGCAGAGCGUGGAGGUGAGCGGGAUUAACUACAAGAUGGACGGACUCAACAAGUUCACCGAAUACACGGUCCGGGUUCUGGCCAUCAACCGCUACGGACCGGGCGCCCCCUCCGAGACGGUUACCGUGACGACGCACUCAGACGUUCCCGGCGCUCCUCCUCAGAACAUCACCCUGGAGGUCGUCCUGUCCCGGAGCAUCAAAGUGUCAUGGCAGCCGCCGCCCCGCAGCGCCCAGAACGGCGUCAUCACCGCGUACAAGAUCAAAUACAGGAAGACCGGUCGCCGUGGCGACCAGGAGGCCAUCGAACCCAACAACUUCUGGUACUUGUUCACAGGUCUGGAGAAGGGCAGCCAGUACAGCUUCCAGGUGGCGGCCAUGACGGUGAACGGAACGGGCCCCCCCAGCGACUGGAGCUCCGCCCAGACGCCCGAGAACGAUUUGGACGAGAGUCAGGUUCCGGACCAGCCCAGUUCGCUGCACGUCCGGCCGCUGCCCAACAGCAUCAUCAUGUCCUGGACGCCGCCGCUCAGCCCCAACAUCCUGGUCCGCGGUUACAUCAUCGGCUACGGAGUGGGGAGCCCCUACGCCGAGACGGUCCGAGUGGACAGCAAGCAGAGAUACUACUCCAUCGAGAACCUGGAGCCGAGCUCUCACUACGUCAUCUCACUGAAGGCCUUCAACAACGCCGGGGAGGGAGUUCCUCUGUACGAGAGCGCCGUGACCAGAUCACUGACAGACCCCAUUGACCCGUUAGAGGACGACCUUUUCCACCUCUUUGAUAAAUUCCCAACUCCCAUGCCAGACACCAGCACUCCCAUGAUCCCCCCAGUAGGAGUCCAGGCCGUAGCCCUGUCCUCGGACUCGGUCCGCGUCUCCUGGGCCGACAACUCCAUGACCAAGAACCAGAAGUCGUCGGAGGUCCGGUAUUACUCCGUCAAGUGGAAGUCCAGCGUCUCGACCAGCGGGAAGUACAAGUCUGCAGACACCACGGCUCUCAGCCACACCGUCACCGGACUCAAACCCAACACCAUGUACGAGUUCGCCGUCAUGGUAACCAAAGGUCGGAGGUCCAGCACCUGGAGCAUGACGGCCCACGCCACGACGUAUGAAGCAGCUCCAAGCUCCGCCCCCAAAGAUCUGACGGUCAUCAGUCGGGAAGGACGCCCUCGUGCCGUUCUGAUCAGCUGGCAGCCGCCGAUGGAAGCUAACGGACGGAUCACAGGCUACAUCCUGUACUACACCCUGGAUAAGAACAUCCCGAUUGAUGACUGGGUGAUGGAGGCCAUCAGCGGCGACCGACUGACCCACCAGGUCGUGGAUCUGAACCUGGACACUGUUUACUACUUCAGGAUUCAGGCCAAAAACGCCAAAGGAGUGGGACCUCUGUCGGAGCCGGUGCAGUUCAGGACGGCUAAAGUGGAGCUUCCAGACAAGAUGGCCAACGAUCAAGGUCGGGGAGAACACGCCUUCUGGCCGUCCGACACCAACCCGAUCGACAGGAGCAGCAUCAACGAGUCUCCCAUUGGUCAGAUGCGUCCGCCACACGGCAGCGUCACGCCUCAGAAGAACAGCUACCUGCUGGUCAUCAUCCUGGUUUCCGUGGGCGCCAUCAGCGUGGUCGUCGUCACGGCGCUCGUCUGCAUCCACCGCUCGUCCUCCCAGCAGAGGAAGAAGCGGGCGAGCCACGGCGCCGGGAAGCGAAAGGGCAGCCAGAAGGAGCUGCGGCCGCCGGACCUGUGGAUCCAUCAUGAGGAGAUGGAGAUGAAGAACCUGGAGAAGGCGCCCAGCAUCGCCCCGUCCGGACGCGACUCGCCGCUCCAGGCCUGCCAGGACCGCCCCCAGGUGGCCCACAGCCAAUCAGAGAGCCAGAUGGGCAGCAAAAGCAGCCACUCAGGAGCCGACGCCGACGAGGCGUCCAGCGGCAUCUCCACUCUGGACCGGUCCGUCACGGCCAGGAGGGGAACCAGAACCAAGAUGAUGAUCCCCAUGGACCUGCAGCCCAGCAACACGCCUGUGGUCAGCGCCAUCCCGGUUCCUACGCUGGAAUCCUCUCAGUAUCCGGGCAUUCUGCCUUCACCGUCCUGCGGCUUCACACACAACAAGUUCAGCCUCAGGCCCAUGCCGUUCCCCAGCCUGACGGUGGACAGAGGAUACACACCAGCGAUGCCGUCCGACUCCUCCGCCGCCCCCCUGCUGCAGCAGCAGGCUCCGCCCCCUCCGGCCGCCCCGCUGCUGCCCGGUUCUGCCGCUCCCGCCACCGACCCGGUCCCCCCGGUGGGGCCCGUGCCCGGGGCCCCCGCCGCUUCGGGCCCCUCGGAGGAGGCCCAGGCGGCGGCCGGGCGCAGCAUCCCCACGGCCUGCGUCCGGCCCACGCACCCCCUGCGCAGCUUCACCAACCCGCUGCUGCCGCCGCCGAUGGGAACCAUCGACCCCAAAGUCUACACCUCCAUGCUGCCGCAGGCCAGUGCCAGCCUGCCGAAGCCCCAGGUGAAGACGGCGUCUCUGGGUCAGGCCGGGAAGGCCCGCUCCCCUCUGCUGCCCGUCUCGGUUCCCACGGCGCCGGACCUGCAGGAGGAAGGCGGAGCCAAGCCGGCAGAAGAUUCAGCCACCAACGUGUACGAGCAGGACGACCUGUCGGAGCAGAUGGCCAGUCUGGAAGGACUGAUGCAGCAGCUCAACGCCAUCACUGGCUGUGUUGGAUGA